GACGGGGGGAGGGGGUGGGCAGAGGACACGGUGCCGGGGGGUUGCCAUGAUGAUGAUGGACCCUUGUCCCCGCCUGCGCUGCUCGUCCCGAAACCUGUUGGGUUCGUGCCACACUUUAGCAUGGUGCCGCCGCCACCACCCCCGCUCCCGCCACCCCUGCUGUCCCCAAAAUUCAGCAUGGAACCCAUAUCCAAGAGGACCAAAGCUUUUCACUGGGACCUGGUACCACAAGAAAAAAUGGGGAAGUCGGUCUGGGCGCGGUGCGGCUCAAAGGUCCGACUCGAUACGCUGCGACUGUACGAGCAGUUCGCCGUCCUGGAAAUGGGAUGUCCCGGGGGGCUGGAGUCCACCAAUAACGUCCACAUCAUGCUGAACGACAAGAUUGCCCACAACUUCAAUAUCUUCCUCAAAAGUUUCCCCGUGGCGCCCGGAGAGCUGAAGGACAGGCUGUGCAUCGUUAGCGAGGACGACGGAGGCCUCACCGACGAGCACAUCACCUCUCUCAGGAGAUAUGUACCCACACCUGGUGACAUAGAGAUGUACAAAUCCUAUAAGGGACAAGUCUCAGAGCUCCAUGUGGUCGACCAGUACAUGAUGGAGAUGUGCAACAUCCCCUACCUGGGUGCCCGCCUGGACCUGCUGCUGAGCCUGAGGGAGCUGCCCGUCAGCAUGGAGGACCUGCAGCCGCUGAUUAACCAGAAGAUCAGGAUGUGCAAUCAGCUGUCCGGCUGCAGGGCCUUCGUCUCCGUGCUGGAGUACCUCCUCGCCGUGGGCAAUUACCUCAACGAGAAUGCCGGGAAGGAGAAGGCCAAGGGAGUUCGCCUCUCGUCCUUGACUAAACUCUCCCAGCUUCGUGGGAAAAGCAGGAAGUUCACCUUGCUGCAUGCCCUUGUCGAACAGAUCGUGUUGCACGAGCCCCACUUGGCGACGUUUUCCCAGGAGUUGACAGAAUUUGAGACUGUUCCUGGGGCAUCCAUUGAAGGCCUUGUAGCAGAGGUGGACGUGCUGAAGAAUGAGCUGCAGAAGGUGGUUCAGUACAAAAAAACGCAGAAGGUGAAAAACCAAGGGCCGCAGAAGCAAAAGUUUUCCAAAGACUUGAAGACGGCGAUUGAGAGGUACAGCGCUGAUCUCUCCCAGCUGACGAAGAAGUGCGAGGAGAUGAAGAAACUCUACGCCGACGUCUUGGUGAAAUUUGGAGAACCGCCCGAACAGGACUCCCAGGAGCUCUUCGGGUGGGUGUGCGCCUUCGCGGCCGAUUUCAGGAGGGUCCACGCCGAAAUGGCGCCGUGACGCCCUGCGGAGCCUGUUGACUGAAGAGAAGCUGACGGGUCGUGCUUAAAUCCCGGUGGGACACGCCCGUUACCGCCAUGGUAGGUACGGUCCGUCCACCGGCCGACAACCAUCGUUUUUGUUCCUGACAUUUUAGAAAUGGACAUUCCUAAGAAUUAAGUUAUUUUCUUUUUUCUUUCCUGAACUACAAGUGCAGUGCAGACCUGUGCCUUGCAGUAUGGCACUGUAUAAGCAAGCUCCUUUAAAUGACCCGUCCCAUUACAUGGAAGUAUGAACAUUUUUUUUUAAAUGAUGUAUUGUAUAUGUAAUUCAUUUCUUCAUUUUGUAUGAAUAAAUUAUGCUGAGGUAAUUUUUUGUACUUUGGUUAACCGUGAUCGCUGUGAGACUUCAGCUGACUGUAAUCAGUGCUUGUGGCAAUACCAGAGUCUGGAGGUCGCCAGGCAGGUGAUAGCAAGCAGCAGGUUUGGUGCGUAUCGUGGAGGGUUGCGGUUCCCUGUACAAGAUUGUUCUUCCACCGCCGCUGCGGGGGAUUCACCUGGACUUUAAGCCUCUGGGGAUUUAUUAAAGGGCUCUGUUGGUGCAGGGCUUUAACAGGCAUUUGAUCGACCCGCUGCUUGCUCAGGAUUUUCAGGCUCACAAAAAAGGACAGUUUACAAGUGGGAGUGUCGCCACCGCCAGCCGGGGGAACGGCUUCCGCUGACCGGUCCGGCGGUCGAUCGCGACUGCACCGCAACCGAAGCCAGACCCGCCGCGGUCGAGGGGCGGGGCUUCUCAAAGGGUGCCCAGCGGCCACCCGUGACGAACGGCGUCACCGGAAAUAUCCGGAAGCUCUUGGCAAGCCGGUUGACCCCAAUGAUGCGCAACCGACUCCCAUCCGUGAGCCCCACCCUCCUUCCCUCCGUCCUGAAAGAGCUGUGGCGGCAUAAAAGACACUGAAAUUGGUCCCUGAAAAGGUCCUGAGAAUGUCAGAUUGAUUUUGAGCUGAGGUCGCUUUGCCCCUGACAUUUUAAUUGGUUAGACUUUAAAAGCAUUUCUUUAGAGUGAGUGUCUCGCAUAAUGAACCCAUAAUCCAUGCCAGGGAUGGAAUUUUACGUAUUGCAUAGUUGAAAUAUUUUGUGAAAUGAAAAUUCAAUUUUAAUUAAAUCUUUCUGGUCAAAUUGACUGCAAUGCUUUAUACAUUAUGUGGUAGAGGCUUAAAGCAAUUCUGCACACAUAGGAAUAAUUACAUGUAUCUUUUAAACAUGGCUUUGAACAGCCAUUUCCUUGCUUUUUAUUUAAUUCAGCAUUUUUACAGUAAAGUGUUUUUUUUGUUGGUAUUUUCCCCUAUAUUGCCUCUCCAAAAUGGGGGGACUAUGUAUAAAAAGUGCUGCAAUCCCUACAUGAUUCACCCAAUAUGAAUGUUUAUACCUGCAAAUUAAAACUGACAGUCUGUACUUUAACCACAUAUUCAUUGUUUCAUUUCAAAUCCAAAGUGCUGGAGUACAGAGUCGAAACCACAAAAAUUGUGUUGCUUUCACAGUGUAUGGACUGCGCUAUUAUACACAGUGAGCACCAUAAUGUUUUAGACAGACAUUUUAUAUUGAUUUGGCUCUAUGCUUCACAAUUUUAGAUUUGUAAUAAAACUAUUCACAUGUGGUUGAAGUGCACAGUCCCUGCAUUUAUUUAAGUGUAUUUUUAUACAUUUUGGUUUCAUCAUGUAGAAAUUACAGCUCUUCUUAUAUAAAUAUACCCCCAUUUAAAGGUGUCAUUUGGUUUGGACAGAUGGCUUCACAGGUGUUUCUGAUUAGUCAGGUGUGUUCAAUUGCUUCCCUAGUGCAGGUAUAAAAGAGGUUUCAGUUUUGAUUCUAGCCUAAUUGCCUUUGGAUUCUGUUAUUGCCGUUUGUCAACAUGAGGACCAUAGUUGUGCCAGUGAAAGUCAAGGAAGCCAUUAUGAGGCUGAGAAAUACAUAGGCCAAACAUUAGGCUAACCAAAACUAACUUUUAAGAAGAAAGAGAGUCCUGGUGAGCUCAGAAAUCACAAGGAGCCUGGAUGAGGAUGUGCAUCUGCCUUUGCCAAUUUUUUUUUGGUCCAGUCUUGAUGGUGCUUGACCCACUAAAGUCUUUUCUUCUUGUUAACAGUACAUAGCAAGGGCUUUUUCACAGUUACACAUCCUUUUAGACCAGCAGAUUGUGGUUGCUGUUUCACUGUAGUCAGGGGAACUGGUUUCUCUCUAGUUGCAUUGAGUACUUCCUGUAGUUGUGCAGUUUUACAGCAGUUUCACUCACCGAACAACCGAAGAUAUUUGUCUUCUGCCUCUUGAUCUUCCUGGUCUUCUCCUGUUAACAUUACUGCCCAUCAGCUGGACCCUUCUGAGUGUGUACUGAACACUGCACCUGGAAAGCUUAAGCUCCUUUUCAAUUCUGCACUCAGAAUAACCUUCUGGCCUCAAUGUUUACUUGGCCCCGCAUAUCUAAGCCUAACUCUUUCUUCUUUGCCAUAUUUCUUGCAACUUUACUGCCUAUUUUACUCGCACUAUAGGCUAAAGGAAUUAGGCUACCUGGGUUUUUUUUUUUUAACUUAAGGUAGAGAAUAUUUCACUCAAUGUAAUUACCCUUCACGUCCUUCCCACCCCUCCACCUCCCACUUUGAAAAAUGAAUUCAGUAAUCAAUUUAAUUGUAAUUAAAGCCAAAGGAGGCUAUUUUGAGGAAAGGUGUGUUUUUAAAUAAAAGUAAUCUUUUUGUGUUAUUGUUGGUCGAAAUUGAACUUUGGUUUGUCAUUCAAUAAAUGUGCAAGUUCUGGUGGCCUAAUAACUUUUGGCCUGUGUGUAUGCAUAUAUAUAUAUAUAUACAUAUAUACAUUUAAAAAAUUUGUAUAUUGAACCAUAAAUUGUGAAAUGUUGACAUGAGGCAGGAAUACACACUGGACAUGUUUGCCAGUCCAUUGCAGGGCUACAGAUUCACCUAUGGGAAGUUUAGACUCUCCAGUUAGCCUACCUUGCACGUCUUCAGACUGUGGAAGGAACCCACACGGACAUGUGGAGAACUAGCCACCUCCACAUAGAAAGGGAUUUGACCUUGGGGCAUUCUUGCUGUUAAGCGACAGUGCUACCCAUUUUACCAAGAUGUUUUUCUACAUUUUUCUUCAAAUCACUGAUUCUCUUGGACUCGCAAAUGAAUGAAAAUGUUGUUUUAUUUUGUUUAAGUGAUCACUGGAUGAAACAAACAAAACUGAAAUGUCAGGGGACAAAAGGGAUGGAAAAUUAAUCUGCUUCCCUUGAAACAACAUUGAAGUAUCAAAGCGACAUUAAAGUAAUACUUGUUUUAUUUGUUCACGGUUCACAUUUGACAGAUGUUGACUGUACUCACACAGUAUGAAUAGCAAAAUUAUGAGUCAGCUGCUUAACAAAUGUGUGUGUGUGUGGGGGGGGGGGGGGGCACUUAUGAAUGUUUGUGUGGCAUGGUAUGAAUUAUGAUCUCUCUUAAUAAAAUUGAGGAAAUGACGGUU